AUGACGACGAAGAAUCCAACUUCUGUAGAAGAAAAACUGGAUGCCGCACUGGCUGCAAUUGAAACUCUGAAAGAGACGGCAGGAGAACUUACCAGUAAAGUUAAUUCGCUGGAGGAAAUGGUAAAGGAAUCCAACGAAAUCCUUGUCGCAUUCUCUCAGUCCUACUACUGGACACCGGAGUGGCAGGCCAAAGAGGCCCAAGCUGAGGAGGAGGCCCGCUUGGGUCUCGGCAAAGUUUAUGAAGACGUAGAAGAGCUAAUCGAGGAUUUAAACAAGUAA